AUGGAGUCCAGAUCGAACCGCAAGCCCGUCCGCCAGGGCAAGCACAUCACCCGGGCGUGUGUUGGAUGCCGCCAGCGCAAGACCAAGUGCGACGGGGCCCGGCCACAGUGCGCCAACUGUGGGCUGCACGGCCAGGAGUGCCUGAUGCCCCAGGAGGUCGAUAAGCGUACAGUGCCAUCGCGAGAACGAUAUGCCCGCCUCGAGCAAUACAUCCAGUCGCUCGAAUCGGCACUCGUGAGCAAUAGUAUCGAGCUACCACAGCAGCCCGACCCAUAUCCCACCCCACGCUCCACGUCCAUGCCGCAGAAUAGAUUCGAGCGAGCUUCAACUUCCAUCGAAGGGGAAGUCUACUCUCCCGCGGCUGCGCAAAUCGACUACUCUGCAGGGCUAGACUCGUUAAGCGACCGGUUUGGUUCGCUGCAGCUGGCGGAGGACGGCCAGAUGCGGUUCUUUGGGGCGACCUCGAAUCUUCAUAUCCUGCAUGUCGGCAUGUUUCCUCUGAACGAUUCCAAAAUCCGCUCGGUAUACGGCAAAGAGAAUGAUAUCCUCCAGCGGGCCGGUCUGAGCGCGCACAUCCCAGAGGGGCUGGAGGACCACCUCCUGCAGUUGUACUUCUGUUGGGAGAAUCCCAAUAUCCCAGUGGUCGACCAAGAUGUGUUUUACGCAGAGCGAGCCAAGUACAGAGCGACUGGCCGACCGACUGACCAGUAUUCUGAAACCCUGGCCAAUGCCAUGUGCGCCGUCGGAGCAGCCCUCACCCGGCGACAUUCCCACGGCCUCCCGGAACCGCUCAGCGAGCUCUUCAGCCGUCGAGCACAGGCCCUGCUGGAUGUUGAGAUGGACGCUCCGGCUCUGUGCACCGUUCAGUCCUUGGUCAUCCUCAGCGGCGUGGAGGCCUUCCUGACGCGCGACGCUAGGGGCUGGCUCUACAGCGGUAUGGCGAUGAGACUCGCAACGGACCUUGGGUUGCAUUUGAAGGCCGCGUCAUAUCAAAAGGACGCCCAACUUCGCAAGCUUGUCUUCUGGGGUGCAUAUAUCCACGACCGCAUGUGGAGUUUCUACGUCGGUCGACCCGAGUCCCUCGACGAAAAGCACAUCUCCAUCGACGCCCUUUGUCGGUCGGAUGUCGCUCAAGAGGAUACUUGCUGGCAGCCAUAUAUCGACGAUGCCACCCAAUCCAAUUCCGGGGCGCUCCUCGGUCUUUUAGGCGAUGUCGCCGAGCACACGGCCAUGUUAUGUCGAAAGAUGUCGCAUAUUCGUCAGGUCUUAUACCACACACCUCACCCAGACAGGGCGGAGAUCAGAUCAUUGCAUACUGCUGCCGGUAAGCUGAGAGUUAAUCUUGUCUCUUGGGCACAAGCAUUGCCGGUCAAUCUGUCCUUACAGGAGGCCGAGACUCGCUCCCAACGGCCGCCGCAUGUCCUCCAAUUCCACAUGCUGUACUACGCAAUUCUCGUGGUCAUUGACCGGCCAUUCACCCAUGGCCGGUCCGAAAGCCUUCCAGGCCUGACGCGCGCCGACGUUGAAGAGAGCCACCGGGCGUGCACCGAUGCAGCGGUCGCAAUUGUCGACCUUUUGCAAGAGUAUCGCCAGCUGUACGGGCUUCGACAGAUGAACAUUCAUACCGUCCAUUUGAUAUUCACCGCGGCGCUGGUCCACAUCCACAACGUCUAUUUUGCUCCCGGCGAGCCGACACGGAUGGCGGCGCGUAGACACCUGCAGAUCUGCUGCCAGGCACUAUCGGAGGUGGGCCCAGGAUAUAAGAACGCACUGCGGGCGCUCGAGAUUGUGACCAGCAUCAAGUCCGAGUUUGAGAGCCUGCCGGAUCGCCGCACGCGUCAGGGCAGUCAUCGCCCAGCGAGUAAGAGAGUGCGCCUGAGCCCGAGCAACACCAGCCCAGAUGCACAGUUCCCGGGGCCUCCAACCCUCGACGGGCUGGAUAUGCUGCAGGAAUGCUUGGACAUGUCCCCGUCCUCGACCCUGAUCGGCAGCAAUCCGCUGUUUGCAGAGCCAUGGGGCUGGAUCUCGCCUUCUGAACCGUACAUGACUAGAUAA